AGAAUUAGAGAAAGUAGUUUGCAGAUGAAUUGUUUGGGUAAAAUAGCUAGGGCAGAUCUUAUCAAAACUCUUCAGUCACUACAUUCGCCCGUUUCUCUGUCUAGAUUACUUACCCUCUCUCUCUCUCUACGCUAAGGUCUCAUAUGAUUUGCCUCUGUUCUGCCUCCGUAGUGUAAGGGCUACCAAGGCACGUGGUCUGACAUUGCUAAAGAAAUGGCAUCUCUAGUUGAGUCAUCAGUAUCUGAAUGCCAAAAAAACAUGACGAACGUGCAUGAUUCAGUGAGUCCAAGGGAUAGAUCAAAUGAGGAAACAUGUCGAUCAGGGGCAGACGAGCAAGUGCAUUCUUGUGACCGGGUGGGAACGUCAAGUGAAAUGAAGAAGGAUAAAUUGAAUAACACAAGAUAUUUUAUUAUCAAGAGCUUGAAUCACCAAAAUAUCCAAUUGUCAAUAAAGAAGGGAAUUUGGGCAACUCAAGUAAUGAAUGAGCCCAUUCUUGAAGAAGCCUUUCAAAAUUCUGGCAAGGUAAUUCUUAUCUUUAGCGUCAACAUGAGUGGAUUCUUUCAAGGAUAUGCUCAAAUGAUGUCUUCCGUUAGUUGGAGAAGGGACAACAUUUGGAGUCAAGGAAGUGGGAAAAAUAAUCCUUGGGGACGCAGUUUUAAAGUGAAAUGGCUACGCCUGCAUGACUUGCCUUUUCAGAGGACUCUUCAUCUAAAAAAUCCAUGGAACGACUUCAAACCUGUCAAAAUCAGUAGAGACUGUCAGGAAUUGCCGGCGGAUAUUGGUGAGGCUCUUUGUGAGCUUCUUGAUGAAGGGAAUGAUAUGCACCUUAACUUGAAAACGGAUGAAAUCUCUGGGGAUGAUUUUUCAGCAAGAAAACCUUAUAUAGAGCCAUUCCAUUCUGUACAAGAUGAGGAUUUUAAUGUGCCUCCAAUGCAUAUGACACCUGUGCUUUAUCCAUCUUUACUGUAUCAACAUCAAGCUGAAGCAAGUAGAUUUCAGUUCCCUCACCAGAGAGCAGGCCUAAUGUUUAAUAAUUCCUCAAAUGUCCCUGGGGCAUCAAAAGUAAAACAGUCAAGACAUUGUCUAGUAGAUGGAAGCUCAGCUAACAGGACUGAUAAUUCUUCUCGAACUAAUAAUUGGGGCAUGUCAGCGGAGGCUAGCCCCCUUAUUGGCACUUUCACAGACGAUGACAUACUGGAAAUGACAUAUGAAGAAUACCUGGAAGCUCAUACUCGAGGCAGCAGAAGAUUACACCACUCUGCUGCUGGGCGGUCCACGAGCUUGCAGAAGUCUUCAUCUAGUAAAGAACGUUCUGAUGAUUCGCAUUCAGCCAGCAGUUCAAAGAAAAGGACUUACCGCCAGUCACUUGAAUGAAUGAAUGCUUCUCCAUCCAAAUGGAAGGGCUUUCAUAAAUUUGUUGAUGAAGUUUGUAUUGUAUCAUGAGCUGGUGUGGUUUCAUUUCUCCACCAAGCGGCAGCUUAGAACUUCUUAACUGUUGAACACUUUUGAGCCCUGAAACUUGGAGUUGAUGCUUAAUUCUUGUAUUCUUGUUGUACGUGUAGUAUACUUCAUGACAUGUACCCAUUAGUUUCCUCAUUGUGGGUGGCUAUGAACUUGUACAUAA